UUCCACCUGUGACUGCAAAGUGACAGGUGGGGGGAUUUGUGGCUGAGGAGGAGGAGGAGCAGGGUUUGACCACCUCCAGUUUAUGAGCAUUCUGGGAUGCCUGGUUCUGCUCCCCACUCCUCAAAUGCGGCCUCCCUUGGGCAAUGAGAAAAAGCCUGUCCUGCUGGCUGGGCUGGGCUGGGCUUGAGCUGCUGGUCCUCACUUUGGGUGCAGAAAAGAUGCCCUUGUGGCUGGGCUCUGACUUGGGCUGGGAGCUGCCCAUCCCUGCCCAGGCCCCCUCACUGCUCCUGGAUGCUUUGGGGCGAGAGGUGGUAGGCAUCCAAAUUCACCUGAUUGGUGGGUGCCAUUGAGGGGAGGGGCUUUGGGGAGUAGGCGUGACCCACCCAAGCAGAAGGGGGCCUGGCCUUGGGGUCAGAUGAAAGGAAAGGGGCUGCAGCUGCUGGGGCGCAGAUAGGAGAGUCUCGCCCUGUCCAGAAGCUGAAGCAGGUAGGCUCCACACCCAAAGUCCCCCCGUCAAAGACCACAAAGAACUGGGCAACUGGACAGGCAGAAUCAGGUACCCAGAGGAGUCGCAGGGGGAUGGGGGGAGGGCAGAAGAAGCCCCUGCCUCCUCCAAGCCCUGCAAAGGACCCCGCCAGCUGCCAGUCUGCCUCUGGCAGUGGCACAAGAGGUCCAAAAGGCAGGUGCAUCAGAGAUAUCAGGGUGGGCCCAGCGCACACCCCUUUAGCCACCCUCAGGACGGAGGUCACGAAGGUAACUCCUCCCUGGAAACUGCUGCCAGCCCCAUGGUCUGUCUGAGCUCUAGGGAAGCAGCAGGGCGUGAUGAAAGGGUGUAGGUGGCACGGUGGGAUACAGCACAGUGUGGUGUUGGCACCUCGGUUUUCUGGCAUGGGCUGCCUUCCUAGUUGGAGGGGCUCCUUUUCUCCUCUGGGAAGCGCAUCCUUGACUUUAAACCCAAGAGGGAGAACUCUCUCCCCUGCCCCCCGCCUCAUGAGGUAGCUGUGCCUGGGAGGGUCCUCUGCAGCCUCCUCAUUUCAGGCACUAUCUUCACUUUGUGCCAGAGGCAUUGGAGAAGCCUUCAGCUGUCCCGGGGGGGGGGGGCGGGGGAGGCAACUGUCGGGUGCCAGGCUGGGCCUUCUGGCUUCCUUCAGCGGUUUCCUCUCGCCGGCCAUCUGAGCAUAAUCAGCCUCCUCCGACCACCGGCCUUAUCAGUUCAGCUCCACCAGGAGGGGCUUCCUCCUGUGGGCAUGAUGCAGCACAUCUUUGCCCACAGGCUCCUUCUGGGCCCACCCCCUUCCUGCUGCCCUGCCCUGGCGCAAGCAGUGCCUGCCUGGGCAUGGGAUCUCCACACUUCUCCACAGCGGUGGUAGUAAAAGGGAAGUUUCUUGUCAUGGGGCAGCAGCCUCCUGUUCUCGUCUUGACCACUGCCUCCCUCCAGCAGCUGUGCCAGGGAAAGCGGGAGGGGAGUUGGCACACACAGAGAAUGCUUUUGGGAUGUGCUGCGGGAUUGGGCUGGAUGCUGAAGGCUGAGCUGCUUUGGAACCAGUCAGCUUGGGCCACCUGUGUGGGCACCUGCCUGUCUCCCUCCCGUGGCACCUGGGGAGGGCUCCCUGCUCACCCCACCUUUCCUCAACAGGUGAAGCAGGAGAGGGCACAUCUCAGGCGCCACCAUGGUGGCCUUAUCGCUCAAGAUAAGCAUUGGCAAUGUGGUGAAGACUAUGCAGUUUGAGCCCUCCACCAUGGUGUACGAUGCCUGCCGCAUCAUCCGGGAACGGGUGCCGGAGGCCCAGAUGGGGCAGCCCCACGACUUUGGCCUUUUUCUCUCGGAUGAAGACCCCAAGAAGGGGAUAUGGUUGGAGGCCGGGAAGGCUCUGGACUACUACAUGCUCCGCAAUGGGGACACCAUGGAGUACAAGAAGAAGCAACGGCCCCUGAAGAUCCGUAUGCUGGAUGGAACGGUCAAGACAGUCAUGGUGGAUGACUCCAAGACAGUCACCGACAUUCUCAUGACCAUUUGUGCCCGGAUCGGCAUCACCAAUUACGACGAGUACUCGCUGGUGCGGGAGAUCCUGGAGGAGAAGAAGGAGGAGCAGACGGGCACGCUCAGAAAGGACAAGACCCUCCUGCGCGACGAGAAGAAGAUGGAGAGGCUGAAGCAGAAGCUCCACACGGAUGACGAGCUGAACUGGCUGGAUCACGGACGCACUUUGCGCGAACAGGGCAUUGAUGACAACGAGACACUGCUCCUCCGGCGGAAGUUCUUCUACUCCGACCAGAACGUGGAUUCCCGCGACCCUGUGCAGCUCAACCUCCUAUAUGUCCAGGCCCGAGAUGACAUCCUGAAUGGCUCCCACCCUGUCUCCUUCGACAAAGCCUGCGAGUUUGCCGGUUACCAGUGUCAGAUCCAGUUUGGUCCUCACAAUGAGCAGAAGCACAAGACUGGGUUUCUGGAGUUGAAGGAUUUUCUGCCAAAGGAGUACAUCAAGCAGAAGGGGGAGCGGAAGAUUUUCCUGGCCCACAAGAACUGUGGCAUCAUGAGUGAGAUUGAAGCCAAGGUACGGUACGUGAAGCUCGCCCGCUCACUCAAGACAUACGGCGUCUCCUUCUUCUUGGUCAAAGAGAAGAUGAAGGGGAAGAACAAGCUGGUCCCCCGUCUCCUGGGCAUCACCAAGGAGUGUGUGAUGCGUGUGGACGAGAAGACCAAGGAGGUCAUUCAGGAGUGGAAUCUGACCAACAUCAAGCGCUGGGCAGCCUCUCCCAAGAGCUUCACCCUGGACUUUGGGGACUAUCAGGACGGCUAUUACUCUGUACAGACAACCGAAGGGGAGCAGAUUGCCCAGCUCAUCGCUGGGUACAUUGACAUCAUCUUGAAGAAGAAAAAGAGCAAAGACCACUUUGGCUUGGAAGGAGACGAGGAAUCCACCAUGCUGGAGGACUCCGUGUCCCCCAAGAAGUCGACCCUUCUGCAGCAGCAGUUCAACCAGCUGAACAAAGCCGAGCACAGCUCCGUGGCCCUCCCAGUCAUCAUACGGCCGGGAGCCAGUGGGCCGGAGAACUUCCAGAUGGGCACCAUGCCCCAGGCCCAGCAGCAGGUCACGAGUGGGCAGAUGCAUCGGGGGCACAUGCCCCCUCUGACAUCGGCUCAGCAGGCCCUCACGGGCACACUCAACUCCAGCCUGCAGGCCGUGAAAGCUGCACAGUCCAGCCUGGACGACUUCGAGACCCUCCCGCCCCUGGGCCAAGAUGCGGCCUCCAAGGCCUGGCGAAAGAACAAGAUGGACGAGUCGAAGCACGAAAUCCACUCCCAAGUCGAUGCCAUCACCGCAGGCACGGCUUCAGUGGUCAACCUGACCGCCGGUGACCCGGCAGAAACAGACUACACGGCCGUGGGCUGCGCCGUCACUACCAUCUCCUCCAACCUGACCGAGAUGUCCAAGGGGGUGAAGCUGCUGGCGGCACUAAUGGAGGACGAGGGCGGCAAUGGGCGGCAACUCCUUCAUGCCGCUAAAAAUCUGGCUGGGGCUGUCUCAGAACUCUUAAAAACAGCCCAGCCGUCCAGCGCUGAGCCACGGCAGGCUCUGUUGCAGGCAGCUGGCGCGGUGGGACAGACCAGCGGAGAAUUGCUGCAGGAGAUUGGAGAGAGUGACACGGAUCCCCAUUUCCAGAUUGUGGAGAGCCGGCGCCUCCGGACCCUGUCCGCCCCCGAUGGCAAGACGGAUGUGCUGAUGCAGCUUGCCAAGGCGGUGGCCAGUGCAGCAGCCGCUUUGGUUCUGAAGGCCAAGAAUGUGGCCCAGAAGACAGAGGACUCGGUGCUGCAAACGCAGGUGAUCGCUGCAGCCACACAGUGUGCCCUCUCCACUUCCCAGCUGGUGGCCUGCACCAAGGUGGUCGCUCCCACCAUCAGCUCCCCCGUCUGCCAGGAACAACUGAUCGAGGCUGGGAAGCUGGUGGCCAAGUCAGUGGAAGGCUGUGUGGAUGCCUCCCAGGCGGCCACCUCUGACGAGCAGCUGCUGAAACAGGUGGGAGUGGCUGCCACCGCAGUAACUCAGGCGCUCAAUGACCUGCUGGAGCACAUCAAGCAGCACGCCACAGGUGGACAGCCCGUUGGGCGCUACGACCAGGCUACCGACACCAUCCUCAACGUCACUGAGAACAUCUUCAGCUCCAUGGGCGACGCUGGUGAAAUGGUUCGUCAGGCUCGCAUCCUGGCCCAGGCGACAUCUGACCUGGUGAAUGCCAUCAAGGCUGAUGCAGAGGGAGAGACCGACCUGGAAAACUCACGGAAAUUGCUGAGUGCCGCCAAGAUCCUGGCAGAUGCUACAGCCAAGAUGGUGGAAGCAGCAAAGGGGGCAGCGGCCCACCCAGACAGUGAGGAGCAGCAGCAGCGGCUACGGGAAGCGGCUGAGGGGCUUCGCAUGGCUACCAAUGCAGCAGCCCAGAAUGCCAUCAAGAAGAAGCUGGUGCAUCGGCUAGAGCACGCAGCCAAGCAAGCCGCUGCAGCUGCCACACAGAUGAUUGCGGCUGCCCAGCACAGUGCCGGGGGGAGCAAGAACCCUUCCGCCCAGCAGCAGCUCGUGCAGAGCUGCAAGGUGGUGGCUGAUCAGAUCCCGAUGCUGGUGCAGGGAGUUCGUGGCAGCCAGUCGCAGCCUGACAGCCCCAGUGCCCAGCUGGCCCUCAUUGCUGCCAGCCAGAACUUCCUGCAGCCUGGUGGGAAGAUGGUGGCUGCUGCCAAGGCUACGGUACCCACCAUCUCGGAUCAGGCCUCUGCCAUGCAGCUCAGCCAGUGCGCUAAGAACCUGGCAGCAGCUCUUGCUGAACUCCGCACAGCAGCACAGAAGGCGCAGGAGGCCUGUGGCCCGCUGGAGAUCGACUCGGCCCUCAGCCUGGUGCAGAGCCUGGAGAGAGACUUGCAGGAGGCCAAGGCGGCUGCACGGGAUGGCAAACUGAAGCCCCUUCCAGGGGAGACGAUGGAGAAGUGUGCCCAGGACCUGGGCAAUAGCACCAAGGCGGUCAGCUCUGCCAUUGCUCACCUGCUGGGAGAGAUUGCCCAGGGCAACGAGAACUACACAGGGAUUGCAGCCCGGGACGCAGCGCAAGCGCUGCGCUCCCUCAGCCAGGCUGCACGGGGUGUGGCUGCCAGCAUGGAGGACCCUCAGGCUCAAGCAGCCACCCUGGACUGUGCUGGAGACGUCAUGGACAAAGCCAGCAGCCUCAUCCGGGAGGCCCGCAAGGCGGUGUCCAAGCCAGGAGAUGCUGAGAGCCAGCAGCGCCUGGCCCAGGUGGCCAAGGCCGUGUCCCAAGCCCUGAACCGUUGUGUCAACUGUCUGCCCGGUCAGCGGGACGUCGAUGCUGCCAUCCACACGGUUGGCGAGGCUAGCAAGAGGCUGUUGGCCGAUUCUUUUCCUCCCAGCACCAAGAACUUCCAGGAGGCCCAGAGCCAGCUGAACCAGGCUGCAGCUGGCUUGAACCAGUCGGCUAAUGAGCUUGUCCAGGCGUCGCGCGGGACACCCCAGAACUUGGCCAAGGCUUCCGGCAAGUUUGGCCAGGACUUCAAUGAGUUCCUACAGGCUGGGGUGGAGAUGGCCGGACAGUCCCAGUCAAAGGAGGCCCAGGGCCAGCUGGUGUCCAACCUCAAGGGCAUCUCGCUCUCCUCCAGCAAGUUGCUCCUGGCAGCCAAAGCACUCUCCGCAGACCCUGCAGCACCCAAUCUCAAGAACCAGCUGGCAGCAGCUGCCCGGGCUGUGACGGACAGCAUCAACCAGCUGAUCACCAUGUGCACCCAGCAGGCACCGGGCCAGAAGGAGUGUGACAAUGCUCUGCGGGAGCUGGAGACGGUGCGAGAACUUCUGGAGAACCCCACCCAGGCCGUCAGUGACAUGUCCUAUUUCAACUGCCUGGACAGCGUCAUGGAGAACUCCAAGGUGCUGGGCGAGGCCAUGGCUGGCAUCUCACAGAAUGCCAAGAACAGCAAGCUGCCAGAGUUUGGAGAAUCCGUCAGUACAGCCUCCAAGGCCCUCUGCGGCUUCACUGAAGCGGCUGCCCAGGCAGCAUAUUUGGUUGGCGUUUCUGACCCCAACAGCCAGGCCGGUCAGCAAGGCCUGGUGGACCCCACCCAGUUUGCCAGAGCCAACCAAGCCAUCCAGAUGGCCUGCCAGAACCUCAUCGACCCAGCCUGCACACAGUCCCAGGUCUUGUCGGCCGCUACCAUUGUGGCCAAGCAUACCUCCGCCCUUUGCAAUACCUGCCGACUGGCCUCCUCCCGCACCGCGAAUCCGGUGGCCAAGCGCCAGUUUGUCCAGUCUGCCAAGGAGGUAGCCAACAGCACAGCCAACCUCGUCAAGACCAUCAAGGCUUUGGAUGGCGCUUUCACUCCAGAGAACCGCGAGCGCUGCCGUGAAGCCACGGCCCCACUGAUAGAAGCAGUGGAGAACCUGACUGCCUUCGCCUCUAAUCCUGAGUUUGCCACCAUCCCUGCCCAGAUCAGCCCAGAGGGGCGCAGGGCCAUGGAGCCCAUCCUCUCCUCUGCCAAGACCAUGUUAGAAAGCUCUGCUGGCCUUAUCCAGACCGCUCGCUCUCUGGCGGUCAACCCAAAGGACCCUCCCAAGUGGUCGGUGCUGGCGGGCCAUUCGCGCACUGUCUCCGAUUCGAUCAAGAAGCUGAUCACCAACAUGAGGGACAAAGCUCCUGGCCAGCGUGAGUGCGACGAGGCCAUUGAAGCACUGAACAGGUGUGUCCGCGACGUGGACCAGGCCUCCUUGGCAGCCAUCAGCCAGCAGCUGGCGCCUCGCGAAGGCAUCUCCCAGGAGGCCCUGCAUAACCAGAUGCUUACAGCUGUUCAGGAGAUCAGGAACCUCAUUGAACCCGUGGCAGGUGCUGCUCGUGCUGAGGCCUCCCAGCUGGGUCACAAGGUUUCCCAGCUGGCCCAGUAUUUUGAACCCCUGGUCAUGGCUGCGGUGGGCGCAGCCUCCAAGAUGUUGAAUCACCAGCAGCAAAUGAACCUUCUGGACCAGACCAAGACGCUGGCAGAGUCCGGUCUGCAGAUGCUCUACACGGCCAAGGAGGCCGGAGGAAACCCCAAGCAGGCGGCCCACACGCAGGAGGCCCUGGAGGAGGCAGCGCAGAUGAUGAGGGAGGCAGUGGAAGACCUCACAGCCACCCUGAACGAAGCUGCCAGUGCCGCGGGGGUGGUAGGCGGCAUGGUGGACUCUAUCAGGCAGGCCAUCAACCAGCUGGACGAGGGCCCGAUGGGAGAGCCCGAAGGCACAUUUGUGGACUACCAGACCACCAUGGUGAAGACUGCCAAGGCCAUAGCUGUGACAGUACAGGAGAUGGUGACCAAAUCCACCACCAACCCAGAUGAACUUGGCAUCUUGGCCAACCAGCUCACCACGGACUACGGGCACCUAGCCCUGCAGGCCAAGCCCGCUGCCCUCACAGCAGAGAAUGAAGAGAUUGGCGCCCACAUUAAGAACAGAGUGCAGGAAUUGGGCCAUGGCUGUGCCGCUCUUGUGACCAACGCUGGAGCCCUCCAGUGCAGCCCCAGCGAUGCCUACACCAAGAAGGAGUUGAUUGAAUGCGCCCGCAAGGUUUCUGAGAAGGUUUCACAUGUGCUGGCAGCCCUUCAGGCUGGCAACAGGGGCACCCAGGCAUGCAUCACCGCAGCCAGUGCCGUGUCAGGCAUCAUUGCAGAUCUGGACACCACCAUCAUGUUUGCCACCGCUGGAACCCUCAACCGGGAGAAUGCGGAAACCUUCGCUGACCACAGGGAAGGUAUCUUGAAGACAGCCAAAGCGCUGGUGGAAGACACCAAAGUGCUGGUGCAGAACGCCACUGCGAGCCAAGAGAAAUUAGCCCAAGCUGCGCAGUCUUCGGUGACGACCAUUACACGCCUGGCAGAGGUGGUGAAGCUGGGCGCUGCCAGUUUGGGCUCUGAGGACCCCGAGACUCAGGUGGUCCUGAUCAACGCAGUCAAGGACGUCGCUAAAGCCCUGGGAGACCUGAUCAGUGCUACCAAAGCCGCCGCUGGCAAGUCUGGGGAUGAUCCUGCCGUAUACCAGCUGAAGAACUCAGCGAAGGUGAUGGUCACCAACGUCACGUCGCUCUUGAAGACCGUCAAAGCUGUGGAGGACGAGGCCACCAAGGGGACACGGGCACUAGAGGCCACCAUCGAACACAUUCGGCAGGAGUUGGCGGUGUUCUGCUCCCAGGUGCCCCCCGCCAAGACCUCUACGCCAGAAGACUUCAUUCGCAUGACAAAAGGCAUCACCAUGGCAACAGCCAAGGCGGUGGCAGCCGGCAACUCAUGCCGGCAGGAAGAUGUGAUCGCCACAGCCAACCUGAGCCGUCGUGCCAUUGCGGACAUGCUACGCUCUUGUAAGGAAGCUGCAUGCCAUCCAGAUGUGGGCAGUGAGGUGCGGCACCGAGCCCUGCGCUUUGGCAAGGAGUGUGCUAGCGGCUACCUGGAGCUUCUGGAACACGUCCUCGUGAUCCUGCAGAAGCCCAGCCACGACCUGAAGCAGCAGCUGGCUGGCUACUCCAAGCGGGUAGCUGGCUCUGUCACGGAGCUCAUCCAAGCAGCCGAAGCCAUGAAAGGGACCGAGUGGGUGGACCCUGAGGACCCCACGGUCAUUGCCGAAAAUGAGCUGUUGGGGGCAGCCGCUGCGAUCGAGGCUGCAGCAAAGAAGCUGGAGCAGUUGAAGCCACGAGCCAAGCCCAAGCAAGCAGAUGAGAGCCUCAACUUUGAAGAGCAGAUCUUGGAGGCAGCCAAGUCCAUUGCUGCGGCCACCAGUGCUUUGGUGAAGGCGGCCUCUGCGGCCCAGAGGGAGCUGGUGGCCCAAGGCAAGGUGGGUGCCAUCCCAGCCAACGCCCUGGAUGAUGGACAGUGGUCUCAAGGCCUCAUUUCAGCUGCCCGGAUGGUGGCUGCUGCCACCAACAACCUCUGUGAAGCCGCCAAUGCGGCGGUCCAAGGCCACGCCAGCGAAGAGAAGCUCAUCUCCUCGGCCAAGCAGGUGGCAGCCUCCACGGCACAGCUUCUGGUGGCGUGCAAGGUGAAGGCAGACCAGGACUCUGAGGCAAUGAAGCGCCUGCAGGCGGCCGGCAACGCAGUCAAGAGGGCCUCAGACAACCUGGUGAAGGCAGCACAGAAGGCUGCGGCCUUCGAGGACGAGGAGAACGCAACAGUGGUAGUGAAGGAACGGAUGGUCGGGGGGAUUGCACAGAUCAUCGCUGCCCAGGAAGAGAUGUUGCGCAAAGAGCGGGAACUGGAGGAGGCGCGGAAGAAGCUGGCUAUGAUCCGGCAGCAGCAGUACAAGUUCCUCCCCUCUGAGCUGCGGGACGAAGGGCAGAACUGAGCUGCCCCAAGGCCGGACCCCAAGCAAGGACAGCCCUCCUCAUAGCCGGGCCCCGGGGCCCUUGCCGCCAGGCCCACUGCUUCUGCGCGAGCCCCAAAGCCCCUUCAUGCCAUACUCUGGACUGCCUUCCUGGGCUGCCCGUCCUGGGAGCUUUCCCUGUGCCUUGGCUGCUUGCUCAGCCUGAUUGUUUUGAGGGCCGUGGAGCCCCCAUGGGGCUGUGCAAUCUGGGGGGACCACGGGCUCUGCCCACCCCUCCUAGCCUCUGCCUCUGAGCAUUUUGCCUUAAGGGCGGGUGCUGGCCCGUGGCCAAAGGGCUGGCUCUGCCCUUUAUUCCCAAGUGCCUGCCAGACCCCACAGCCCUCCAAUGUCGCCUGGCUCCCCCCACAUCCUGAGCCUCCUUCCUCUGUGGCAGGAGCCCCUUUCCUGCACAAGCUCCCAAGCGUUGUGUGCUUCACCACAUCUGGGGACCAUUCACAAGCUGAGGCUUCUCACCUUUGUACUUUUGAUACAUCCAUAAGGCAGGAAACCCAGGGUUGGGAAGUGGGAGGGAGAGGGGUCUGCUUCCAAGCCCCUCGGGCUGUCUGGAAAGGGCUGGUCUGCAAUAAACUGGUUUCUCUGCU